CCUUCAUUCGGCGUAAAAAGAAAAUCUCCCGUCCCGUCUCGUCUCCUCCGUUCCCUGCGCCAUCUCGCUGCCGAACAGGGGAGGGCCGUAGGGGUGCCGAUCUCCAUCUGGCGAGCAGAGCAGGGGAGUGGAGGGAGUGGAGGGGAGGGGAUCCUGUUGGAUCCGCCCCUGCCAUGGCCAACGAAGAAGCAACGACGUCACCCCAGGCAUCUGUGGAGGACAAGGCUAAUCGCGUCUUCUUGGAUUUCAUGACCAAGGUUGCACAGUAUGAUGAGCUAGUUGAUGCAGGAAAAAGGGCUCUUAUGAUGUUUCAUCAAGAGCUAGGUUAGCUCAUUUCCUUUUCCCUGAAAAGCCUCAGUAUUGACCAGUUUAAUUUUCUCUGUUCUUUAUUUUUGGAUCUGAAACUUUGAAGGAACCUGAUCAUCCAUCGAAUGCUUCAUUUGUAAGUCCUCUAAAAUUCUAUUAUAACUUACCUAUCCCAGUGAUACCCCGUGCUGCUGACUACUACUGAUAGUUUGGGGCUAAGGUUGGGAUCUGUUCAAAAUUCAGGUCAUAAACUAGAUCAGGGGUGAAAAUCAGAAAAAUUAAAAUACCUAAUACUUGAUCUUACUAAAACCAUCGUAGAAAGUUCAAGUUUUUACAGUAGUUUUCUUGGUUGGUAAAUUUGAAGCAAACGAUAUUCAUUCUUGCUACAUUCUUUUAUAAUUUUAUUUCACCUUUUUUUAUGGUUUAAUACUUUAAUCUUGUAUUUAUUUCAGUUCUACCUUAUGAUAGCUGUGCUGCUAUUUGUUGGACCACCGAUGAUGUAUUUUUGGAAGUAACUUUCAGUUUACUGAAAGUAACAAUUUCUAGCAAACAAUUUAUUCUGCAAGUCUAAAUCCUGCCAAAUGGAUGUCUGAUUCAUGUCUAUUCUACUUAUUUGCUUACCCCCUUUAUUACAUGGAUAUCAUGUGUAAUCUCAUUGCGGAACAUUUUCGAAGACCAAAACUCCUCACAGAGUCAGGUGCAAUUAGUGAGAUAGUCAAGUCUAACCUCAGUGACCGAAUGAGGUCUUAUCUUGAAGCUGGUUGCACCCAUCACAAUGAAACCAUCCAGAACAUGAACAAGUUACAUUCUUGUCAAGAGAAACUCAAUGACCAUAUAAGCAAAGCCAAAUUAUUGCUUGAAGAACUCCAUAUUCUGGAGGAAGAUGUUUAUAGUACCACACUAAAAGCCUGUCUGAGUUCCUUAAGACAUAUGGAUGAUUGCCCUGAUGAUAAUAGUCUUACAAAUAUUUUUUCUGAGGAUGAACAGCAAUCUGGGGAUUUGCUGGACAAAGCAGUGUCCUGUGCAAGUGUGAUGGUCCUGGUUCACAAUAUGUUAAAACUCGAUUAUACGAUGCAGGAGAAGAUUGUUAAGGCAUUAUGCAUUAAAACAGCAUCGUCAGAGCUAGAGGGCUACUGUCAAAUGUGGGAUUUGCGACCAUACAUCGAUGACAAUGUCAUACAACUUGCGUGGCAGUUUGUUUCUUAGAGGGUCCAAAGCCACUGGAGAAGAUGAAGAGAAUCACACAUUCACAGUUUCACACAGUGUUGACAGGCAGGUGACUUUCCAAUGAGCAGCAGUGGUCAUGAUAAGCAGCAGCAUUAGUCAGUAUUGAGUAGUGGAUCAAUUGAUGAUGAUCCAACAAUGAACUACAUUCAAAUGGAACUGUCAACUGUACAUAUGUUUAUUAGGACACUACCAAUUAAUUUUUUGGGUAUGAAGAGGAAUUUUAUGAGGCCAAGCUGUAAUGAGUCAUGAAUCUGCCAGCUAAUUACGGUUGCUUUUGUUCAUGCGCUUAGCCGCUUGGUUGCAAA